AUUGCAGCAGCUGCUUGAGGCGUAGUUUAAAUUUUUGGGCUAUUUUGUUCGUUUAAAAUCUUCGUUUAAAGUCUUCGUUUCCAUCUAAGGUGGAAAACUUUAGACUGAGAUGGCAAGUAAAUUGGCUUCUGAUUUAGAUUGUGAAAGUGUGUAUACAGAUACUUUCGAAAACCUUAAAGAAGUGAUACCCGAGGAGAUUAAAAACAUUACACAACUUGUUUUGCAAAGUGGUGACUCCAAAAGAGCACAACAAACAUUGCAUCAUUAUAUACAAGGAGGUAUAUACCGUGACGUGAUACAACAUCUGAAACUACAAGAGUAUUAUCCCAAAAAACUAACUAGGGAAAAGGUACUUGUGGUUACGGAAAAUACUAUUUCAUCCGAUCAUCUUAAUGAUCCUGGCAAGAUUCCAUGGUACAUUUUGCAAAAUCUUAUAAUGUGUAACUAUGAAGGACGCUGUUUUGAAGUGAGUCAGAACCCAUCACUUUCUGGAUUCGAAUUUUCGUCUCUUCUGCAAAAUACUACAAACAGCAAUGUUGAUGCAAAAGAAAUAAGUCCUGUAGAUGCAAUGAUAGCUCUUUUUUUGUGUUGCGAUGAUUUCUUGAGGCAACUUUUAGUUGAAAAAAUGUCCACGUGUCAACUCGCUAUUCCAUUGUUAUUACCAUGUAUCCACACCAUUCCGCAUACAUAUGAACUGCUUCUGUGGGCGAUGAGCACAUUGAAAAAACAAUGGAAAGCCUGCUCAGGGUUGUCAUGUGAGAGAUCAAUGCUGUUGCAUCCGUUGCCAACGGUAUCUGCCAUCCGCUUAGGCAGACCCAAGAUUUCAAAGUCGAAAAUACUUAACUGUAUUAUCAAUGACAAUAAACAUGACAUUUUUUUUCACUCUGGAUGUAAAGGUGGUACUUUGGAAAGAAAACUCGCUGCUGGUUUACUUGAAAUGGCGUGGUACUUACCAACUGGGAAACACCAGGAUAUUUUCCCUGAUGCCAUCACGUUCAUGAAUUUGAGGGGAAACGCAUCUCGUCUUAAAGGACAAUCAGAAUUUGUAUCUGAAAUAUCAUUGGCAACUAUUGCCUUCACAUCCUCUGAUGAAUUUAAGGAAGAAGACACUCUCUUACUUGAAUCAUUGUACAGACAACGUGGGCACUUAAUAGUUGUAGUCGAUGGACCCCCUGGGCAAUACUUGAAAGAGUCAAUUCAUUCACUGGAAAAAAGAUGUUGUAUUAUAAAAGAUAGGCAUUUAAGAUUAAUUGAUUUUUCAAAGCAAAAUUAUUUACAAGUAAGUGGGGAAAUAAGAAAAAGUCUAACGUAUAUAUACAAUGGAAAAGGAAGGAAUUUUGUACUAGAUAGAAACAUUCAAAUGUAUGCUGAUAUUGCAAAAACAAUGCGGUUCCAUGUAGACGAAAGCACAAAAAACUGCUUACAGGCAAAAGAAAUCUCGGAAAUGAUGUUGGAAUAUCUAAAACCGCUUGGCAAAGAAAAACAGCUACCUUUGCAACUGGUUACAAUAGAAAUUGGAGAGAAAAAGAAAGAACAACGUCGAUUGAAACUUAAAGGAAACAUGCAAACAGAGAAGUAUAUUGAGAAGGUAAAGUUAAAUAUAACAGAAUUGCGAAGAAAACAGAAACUUCUCAGUGACCAUACUUCAGAUAUAUUUAAGCUAUUCAAAAGAUCGUAUACGCCUAUAUAUCCCGUAUUAAAGAGGAAAUAUUUCCACAGCUUUGUUAAUAUGAUAACAGACAUGUAUAGCAUCGACACACUACAGCCAAUACGUCAGGAAUACAUCAAAAAAUGGAAUGAAUUGUGCGAAACUCUUCAAAAGAAUCAAAACAGAAAAACACCAGAAUCAGAAAAAAGGAAAAGAGAACUUGAUGACCUAGAAAAUAAGCUUUCUAAUCUUUCAUUGGGCUUAGAACACUUCAAUAGAGAAAUUGGACAAAUGUACGAAAUGGAAUUGCAUAUGAAUAUACUAAAUGAUUCAACUCGUCAAUUUCCCAUUGUUGCAGCAAAAAUGUUACUUGAUGGAUAUCCCCUGGAAUUGAUGGAUGGCGAUGCAUCACAUGUUCCACUUACAUGGAUCGAAGCAGUUUUAACCUCUCUGAACGUUCUUAUUGGUGAUAAGCGAAUGUUUGUGUUGUCAGUGCUAGGUAUUCAAAGCAGUGGGAAGUCGACAAUGCUUAACACCAUGUUCGGUUUGCAAUUUGCAGUAAGUGCUGGAAGAUGUACUAAAGGUGUAUUUGCUCAAUUAAUGCCAGUGGAUAAAACUUUGAAAGAAGAUGCUAAGUGUGACUACAUCCUAGUGGUUGACACAGAGGGUUUACGAGCUCCGCAAUUAGCAAACAUUGAACAUAACAACCGUGACAACGAAUUGGCUACUUUUGUGACCGGCUUGGGCGAUGCUACAAUAUUUAAUAUUAUGGGGGAAAAUGCAACUGAAAUGCAAGACAUUCUUCAGAUUGCUGUUCAUGCAUUCAUGAAAAUGGAAAAUGUAAACAUCAAACCAAGCUGUAUAUUUGUACAUCAAAAUGUAACAGAUGUAUCAGCAUCUGACAGAAACACGAUUCAUAAGAGAAAAAUCAGAGAGAUGCUGGAUGAAAUCACUCUGAAUGCUGCUACAGAAGAAAACUGCAAUGAAAAAUAUAAAACAUUUUCGGAUGUCAUUCAAUUCCAAGAAAAUAAACAUAUAAUGUACAUUUCUAGUCUCUGGCAAGGCGAUCCACCAAUGGCACCUCCUAAUCCAGGCUACAGUCGUUGUAUUCUUCAAGUCAAGAGACAGAUCAUAGAAUUCAUGCGAAAUUGCCAAGCUAAAACAGUCGAGGACUUUAAAUGUAGGCUCUCAGAUCUCUGGAAAGCAAUCCUCUGUGAGAACUUUGUGUUUAGCUUUAAGAAUACAAUCGAGAUUCGGGCCUUUAAUGCAUUAGAAACGGAAUACGUGAAGCAUUCUCGUACACUGAGAAGAAACGCAAUGACCUACAGCGAAGAACUUCAGAUAGAAUGUAAGAAACUUGCAGCUAACGAGAUAGAAAAUGUUGGAAAAGUCAUUUUGAAGAGACAGGUUGGUAAAUUAGAGAAAGAUGUAAUGACCUUCAAUAAAAGCAUGGAAGAUUAUUUUUCAAGAGAAACAAAAGCAUGUCAAUGGAAAGUUAGAACGGAAUUAAAGAUGAAUGAAUUAUCCAAUGAUAUCAGAAGAGAAAUUAAUGAUGAAUUUGUGUCUAUCAGGAAUAAAAUUAUCGGAAAAGCUGAAAUUGACUUAAGUAUGACAAGGUAUGAAAAAGAUAUCUUGAAAAAGGCUAAAAGCCUUGCUGACAUAUUUCGUAAUUCUAAUGAGUUAUCACCUUCUAAAAUGAAAAGUAAAUUUGAUGAAGAGUGGGAAAAAUGGAUUACUGAAAUAGCCCCUUUUGGUGCUGAAAUUGAUAUAGAAUCUUCUCUUGACAACAUAGCCCGAAGAUCCUGUUUACGUCAUCAGGAGGAAAUAACUCACGUGUUCUCAAGUGGAUUACUUCAUUCGGAAUUUGUAAGAGAAAAUGAUUUGGAUUUUGGUAACUUUAUUAAACAAGGGGCUAGAUGGAUUUCUGGACGUUCAGUUAGUAAAUCCACAUGUAUCGACAAUGCAAAAAUAUCUGCAGAAAUGUUACAAAAAGAGAUAUUACAACAGAUUUCAGCUUACAGCCAGGCUUGUAAGAAUUAUAAUGAAAGUUUUGGAAGCCAUCUUCAUGAUUUUUUAUCAAGAAAACUAAAGGACAUGAAAAUAGAUGGUCAAAUUAAAUUCAAAGAGAAAGGAAUAGUCCGGGUAACAAUGUGUAUUCUCUGGUCUGUAUUACGAAAUUUAAAAAAAUUGCAAGAACACUACAGAAGAGAAAAUGACCCAAGAACAUAUAUGGAAUCUCAAAAGGCCAGAUUAUGGCAUAUGUUCAAUGAUGAAUGUACGAUGGUGGAAUUAAGCGUCAAAUCAGCAUAUAUAGUCUCUCGGGAGUUGGAAAGUGCUAUUACAAAUGUUCUUCCAAAUAUGUGUAAAACAGGUGUGAUCGAUCAUUUGCGCACUUCUAACUGUCGCGCAUUUGCCAAUAAGAUGUCCUUUCAUGCACAUAUGCUGAUUGAUAUUGCAGAGAAUCAUAAUUUUUACCUUUAUCGAAAGUAUUUGCCAAAUCCUUCUCAUUGUAUGAGCAUCUAUACCGGGAAAUUUAUAAAAGAAGCAUGUUUAAAGCAAACAACUACAGGAAACACUUUUUUGAAAGAAAUAUAUACUUUAAAAUUAAACAGUCUCUUUACCAAGGUAGAGAGAGCAAUCAAUGGCACGUGUCAAUAUUACACAAAUAAAUGCCAGAUUAGCAAUUGGUGGGCUAAGUUACAUGACCAUAUCAAUCAUGACCUGACUGUUAAAAAAGAGUUAGAAUUCUUUAACGAAGAUGGUAAUUUUGACGUUGAUGACCUUAAAGAGAAGUUACUAGUAGAAUUAAACGAAUCGAAAGACAGAAUCACACAAGCAUACAGAGAGGAUGCCAUUUUACGUGUCAUACUCGAGCCGUGUCAAAAUUUUUUUGAAAAAGAUCUUCUCGGCUGUCUCGAGUUAUGUCCAUUCUGCAAAGCGCCAUGCGACCUUCAAGUUGGUAACAAAUAUGAUGAACAUCGAACAGAGUAUCAUCGACCAGGAGGAGUUGCUGGGUAUCGUCUGCAUUAUACAAAUAGGCUUUCGGUCGAUGUAUGCACUACAUGUGUUAUGACAAAUAUGGAAUUCAAAAAUGAAGACACUCAAAAUAAAUGGCAUCGUUACAAAGAAUAUCAAACUGUUAGUGAUUAUUACAAGGCCUGGAAGAUACAGCCGAUGGGAGGUGAGUCGCAGUUGUACUGGAAGUGGUUUAUGGCAACCUACAACGAAGAACUUGCAAAAUAUUAUGACUGUGAGAAAGCAGAUAUUCCAGAUGGAUGGAAGGAAAUCAGUUGGGAUUCAGUGAAGGAGGACAUGAUAAAUACAUACAAUCUAUAAAUAAAAGACAUAACUUUCAAUAAUGGUGUAAUAUUAAUUAAUUCUGAUAAACUUAAAUGAACGUCAACGAUAAUAUACACGUUAUACUAGGGAACAGUGAAAUUACACUGUUCACUGGUUAUACACAGAUAUUAUUCAUCAAUUCUUAUUGUUUUAUUUUCAAAAGUUAAUAAAGGAAUAUAACACAAUGACAAUCUAUUUGAUUGUUAGAUUGGUAGAUCAUUAAUAAUGCCUGUAUUACACAAAUUUAUAUAGUUUUAUUUAAAUUAUUAAAUUAUAUCUUUAAAGACACAUUAUUUAUGUCUAGUCGUAUUAGACAACACCGUAAAAGUUCUAUUAUGUAGGCCUACUAUAAGCCCAUCAUCAUUACACGUUUACAUAUGUAUUUUGUAUAGCACUUAUUUACAAUUUGCAAUUGCGGCUUGAAUCACUUAAGGUUAUGCAUAUUAUAUGUUACACGUUAAUAUUUUAAUAAUUGAUAUGCCUAUGCAUAAAUUUAUAGUAGAUUUUAUUUAGUUUGAUUUAUUUUGAUACCAUACAUGAAACAUAUACAAUAUAAACAAUUUGAGAAAGAGAUAAACAUUAAAAGGUUAAUAUCACGUGGUGUGAGGGACAACCCUUUAAAUCCCCCGAAGGGAUUUGCCUUCUAAAGGGGAUUAACAUCCCGUCUUUAACAAUUUGAAAAACUGUAAAUCCAACUUCAAUUAUUAAAACUACAUAUACUGUAGGCGUUUCAAUCAAUUGUAUUACUUGUUUAUAGAUCGGUUAUACAGAGUAUACUUAAUUUUUAUUUAAUAUGCACUUUUGGAAGUUUUAGUAAAGAAAAUAAGAACAAGUUUGAGAGAAUAAGACGGUCAGCAGAACGGUGCAUUGGUUGUGAUAUUACUACGAUCAAUGCUCUAUAUGAGGAGAACGUUAGGAAAAAGCUUGAUUUAAUUAUGUUGGACGAAUCCCACCCUUUACAUAAUCACUAUGUAUUUAUGCGUUCUGGUCUGAGAUUACGAGAUCCUCGUUCGACACAUAACAGACACAAUUUUUCAUUUGUAAUGAACUCAAUUAGAUUAUAUACUAAAUAUGCAUCAAGAUAAUUUGGUAUUAAUGAUUCUUCUUCUUCUUAUCGAGUCACUACGUACCUAGUGUGUAUGAUCUAUCUUACGUAGUAUGGUAGAAGGAUUCGCAGGUUGGAUGGGUACCUGACAUGGGCCGCGUCGUGAGCACUCCUUCUGUGGCCGGACAGGGGACUAGAGAUGGACCAGUACACCAGGGUAACCCCCUACUCUUCUCGAAUGAUGUGCUGGGUUCUUUAAAGUGCACACGAGCCAAUUGUGUACACUGGGCCUACGGUUUAGAGUCCUUAUCCGAGAAGACUUGUUCCACCAUCGGAACCAUAGGCCAGCGUGCCGUUCGAACCAACGCCGAUAGCUGUAGUCACGGUUCUCCAGUAUUAACCGCUCGGCCAAUCGACUCGCCAUUAUUAAUGAUGAUGGUUGUUGUAGUAGUAAGAAUAAAUAUAAUAAAACAUUCAUAUAGAGCAUUUGAUCGUAAUUAUCGUAAUGAUAAUGAUUGUAAUAAUGAUGAUAAUUGUGAUAACAAUUGUAAUAAGAAUAAUAUUUUCAUGUAUUUUAUAUAUGUUUUUUAUUGAUUUUUAAUAUGUAUAUGUAAAUACGCCAUGGAAAACGAAUUUCCAACAUGUUUUAAUGUGUGGACAAAUAAAAGUUAAUCUUAUCUUAUCUUUCCAAAAUCUAAGAAUUUUAACGGAUCAACAUUUAACAAUAGAAGAACUCAAAGCUGCAUAAACAAAUCGCGAUUAAAUAUUGCAUCCAUCCAACAACGACUUGCUAACACUGCAGCUCAUCUGAAGUUUAAAGAAUGUGUAGCAUCACAGCCAUUCUAUUGACUUCUUACUAGUUUGUCUAUAUUUUUAAAUAAUUUAAUAAUAAGGUAAUUUGUUUAAAACCAUGAAUUUUUGGUUUAGGGUUUUAUCAUAAUAAUAGUACGUUUGCCUGCUACUUGACACAGAUGAGUAACCUGGCAGAUUUAUUGCUUCUCUUUAAACUUCAAAAAUUGGUCCUCCGGAAUCUUGCAUCUCCCUAAGUGGAGUAGAUCUCUAUAAGUAAUGCCAAAAUAAGGUUCUUUAAGUUUGUGAAGCAUUGGUAGUAUUUGCAAUGUAUAAAUUUGAUAUAGGAUUAUGGAUGGUGGACACACAUUAUUCGAAUGCAAGUACGAUACACAGCCAGCUGCUCUUCAACUGUACUGUAUUAUUAUCAGUGCCAUAACGGCGAGCCAGGGGGCCUGGGUGAGAAAUGUUAGGGCCCUGUUUAUAAAUGGAGUAUUUUUCGCGAAUUUCACGAAUUGGGCAAAGGGGAUUUGUGUUUGCGAAGAAAGUUUCAUCUCUCAAAAGAAUAACACGAUUAAAGAAAACUGAAUUAUGAGCAAUGCUAUUAUUUUCUACAAUUUAACUACUACUACUAUAUUUAGUACAUCUGCACGAUGUAAAGCAUAUUUACUUAUCGCUAUAUUAACAUGCAGUUUCACGCCUUUAGAAAUUUAUUUUCUGUAAUGGAGGUUAAAAAAGGAAUCUUAAAUCUCAUUAACCAGCAGUGGUGUAACUACCGCAGAUUCAACAGGUUCUUUGAACCUGGGCCCCCGCGCACCAGACUUGAUCUAUAAAAAAAAAAAUCUAAUAAAUCAAUGUUUUAUUGUGACAUUGAACUAUUGUAUCUGCUACCUUCCAGUGAGUUACGUAACACCGGGGCCGGGACCCUGUGGCUUUCACAGACCAUGUAGACCAUUUUUGGCUCUAACUGAAAUCACGUUAUACAUGCGAGGGAUAAUCAGGGCCGUCGGAACCGCCGCCGGUUGGCCGGACCACUUUUUCUCAAUUAUAAUAUAACAUUUUAAAAUAAAUAUA